AGUAAAUUGCAGCUUUACAGACUUAAAUAGAACUGCUUGCGUACGUAUGAUUGUACCAGCAAUGGAAACCAGUAUUUUAUCUGACUGAGUUUCCUGUUGCCUUAUCAGUUCUCUGAAGUCUUGAAAGAGCUGACACUAUAGACUUCCUUUGACCUACUUCUAACUCAUCACAGUGUCUUUAGAGCCAUUUUAGCUUUUUUGUUCAAAUUUCUACUAGGAAAUUGGCAAAUGGCUAGCUAGAAUGCUGCAAACAUUUUGUAUUGACUCGCUAUGUAUUUUUGGCUAUAGUCUUUUUAAUAUUGAUCUUAAGUUUUCUUUUAUGAUUGAUUUGAGUACAUCCAUUUAUUUCAGAUGAGAGAAGCAAACUACUGGCUACACUUUAUCAUUUUAAUUAUUUUCAAAAUGUGGUUCUAUGUGUUGGUGUUGACACUAGCCUGUCUUGACUCUGUGCGGAUUUGCACUGAGGAGAUGCUAAAAAAUCACCCGGAAAGUACCUGCAAUGAAUGUCCAGCAGGCUUUCACAUUGAAAAAGGAACCUCGAAAUGCAUAAAAUGUAUUGCGGGCAAAGAAUUCACUGCAAUACAAAAUUAUGAUGUGGCUUGUAAACGCUGUAAAGCAUGUGAUGAAAGAGCCUCUCAAAUAGUGGUGAAGAGUUGUGAGCCCAAGAAUGACACUGAAUGUGGCUGCAUGAAGAAUUACUACCCAAAGAAAUCCAGAAAUGGGUUGCAAUGCUUCAAAUGUCAAACUAAAGACUGUUCCAACUACACAGAAUGUCGCUCCUCCUGCACCAUUACUGCGACUCAGAGACCCCCAACCUUAACACUCUUGACACCCUUGUCACCCUUGACACCCAAACCCAGCAUCAGUCCAACAGGUCCAGAACAUUAUACUCUUCUGACCAUCGGGUAUGUCUUUGUGGUUGUCCUGGUGACCAUUCUGUUAUUUGCCGGUCUCCUUGUCCUGACUAAGGGUGGAUGGAUGGUAUAUGGCUGUUGUGCGACCCCUGAAAAGGACCUCCAGUUGCCUACAAGGGACACAUCAGCCAACGGUCAGCCAAAUGGCCCAACAUCACUGACACUGAAUAUUACUCAAGGGAUUCCCAUGACGACAUUCUCUCACAGUGCUGCCAAGACGGAGUAUCACACCCUUGUCACACCCCUGUUGCCAGGCAGAGAGCCCAGAAUCCCUGGACAGGAGACGCAGGAGGAACGCUGGCCUGCCAAGGUGUUGUACGCCAUCAUCAAGGAGGUGCCUCUGCGGCGCUGGAAGGAGUUCCUGCGCCUGCUCUCUGUGCCCGACCGACAUCUGGAGCGUGUGGAUCUGGAGCCGGGCCUAGGCUCCAUGGAACGGCAGUACCAGAUGCUGCGGCUGUGGAGCCAGGGCCCGGCUGCAGGCCUGGAGGAUGUCUACUCUGCUCUGCUCUACAUGGACCUGGCCAGCUGUGCCCACCAGCUGCAGGACAGCCUGGAGCAGCUGCAAGCACUCCAGUCGAUAGCCCCAACCAAUGACAUCCCUGCAGAGAACCACAGAGUCUGUAGGCUUACUUAGCCCGUGUCACAUCACCCCAGCACCACCACAUAGGAUUGUGGAGGCUGCUGGGACAUCAUUUAUGACUUCACAGAAUAAGAUCAGACCCAGAUGUGAAUAUGACAUCAUGACAGCUUCAUAAGACCAUGAAGGCUGUUCUUUUCUUCUUCUUUUGAAAUAGAUUUGAGUCUUUUUAUAUUUUAUUUACAGUAAUUCACAAAUGAGACUGAUGGAGAGAGAGAAUUAGACAUAGAUCAAACCCCCACCACCAAGGACCUGUGACAUCAGGAGUCGGCAGUUCUACCACUACUCUAGUCACGGUGUGAGAAGCGUUCCUCACCCACCGAACUCUAAAUAUGAUGUCACCACCUGGACUGUAGUCUUCCUGUUCAAGUCCCACUUCAGAGACUGGUUACCUGCAGGGUUUGGCAGGUUACUUUCUAAAUGUAAUCUGUUACAGUUACUAGUUACCUGUCCAAAGUUGUAAUUAAUAACGUAACUUUUAGAUUACCCAAACUCAGUAAUGUAAUCUGAUUGCUUUCCAUUACAUUUGGAUUACUUUCCCCUUAAGAGGCAUUAGAAGAAGACAAAAAGGAUCCAUCAAAUGCAUUUGGUGUGUCAUCAUAGUGGUCUCGGACUUGUGGUCAGACUUGCUCAGGUUGAACAAAAUGAAUCCCGACCCUUACACAUUCAUUACUAUGGGACAGUUGGAGAUAUUGAAACAAUGUUGCAAAUGUCGGCGAGACAAAAUCAAAUCAAAUCAAAUUUAUUUAUAUAGCCCUUCGUACAUCAAGUAAGGUUUAUACAAAUCUCCUCUGUUGAAAACUAAAUGUUAGUCAAAAAGAAAUUUGAGAUAAUGUCUAGAUGCUUUUUAAGUUUAACUUCCCUGCCUGGGCUGAUGAGACAGUAGAUUGCCAGAUGGAACAGAGUAAAUAGGCAUUUUAAUGUCAUAGAUUUAGCCGGUGGUAACUUGUGGAAUAGACACCGCUUUUAACCAAUCAGCAUUCAGGAUUAGACCCACCUGUUGUAUAAAGGGAAAUAAUGCAUGCUCUAGAAUGCCAAUCAUAAAUUACUGUUCAACAAUGGUAUGAAUGGAAUUAAGUACACAUAGGUAAGACCUAUACACAGAAUUAGUGAUUAGAAUACUAAUCUCUAUGGGUAUACAGUCAUUGGAUCAGAGCCAUAGAAUUAAACAUCACAUUUAUCUGCCUAAGUCAGUUAAGAACAAAUUCUUAUUUUCAAUGACAGCCUACGAACAGUGGGUUAACUGCCUUGUUCAGGGCCAGAACGACAGAUUAGUACCUUGUCAGCUCGGGGAUUAGAUCUUGCAACCUUUCGGUUAUAAAUCCAAUGCUCUUACCACUAGGCUACCUGCCGCCCCAAAUAAUGACAUCAUAGCAGCAUCACAAGACCAAUCAAGAGGACCAUUGCAAUCCCUCCAAAAACUGUGAAUCAAGCAGUGGAACAAUUUAGUAUCUUAUAGAAAUGGGAUUGUUUGGGGUGAUAAUGUGUCAGCUAUUAUGUAACCUUGGUGAAGACUGUAUCAAAGGAGGAUCGUUGUAAUGAUGGGGCAGUGAGUCGGAAGUAGGAGCAGGUGAAACGUUUUAAUAAAACAACGCCGAGAACACGCCGCAAACAUAAGGCAGCAAGCCGGCAAGCACACUAUCCCUUUUUUGUUUAUAUACAGUAUAUAUAUAUAUAUAUAUAUAUAUUUGAUUUGAGAAUUUAUAUGUUAUCAGUAAUGUUCUGGUAUUUUUUAAAUGUGUUUACCCAUUUCUGGUGAUAAGUAUGUUAAUUGUCAGAGAAAGAUUUGUACUGCAUAUUGCGACAUAGAGUAAUAAAAGUAAAUAUUUUUUAAACAAUUCCAAACCCUGUAGGGCAUGAUAUUUUACUUUAUUUGUAUUAUUCUCAAUUACAGCAGACGUUUGAUUAAAGCUAGAGUCCUUAAUUGAAACAAUAACAAAGUGUUUUGGUAAAAAGCUGAGAGAUGGGCCUGGAGAAAUAUAACCACUCUCAGAUUCAUCGGGAAAGAUACCUAGUUCUUUGCACAACUGAAUGCAAAUGAGUCUUCAGCGCGGUGUGGGAGCUGCCUUAAUCAAUGUCAUCGGGAGCAGUUGUUGUUGGGAGUUAACUGCCUUGCUCAAGGGCAAAACGGCAGAUUUUUUACACCUUGCCGGCUCAGAGAUUUGAACCAGCGACCUUCCGGUUACUAUCCCGCUCUUAACCGCUAGGCUACGGAUGCAAGGACUGACCAUCAAUGAUAUCAGAAUUAUACUUUUAACCAUGUUUAGAGGCUAUAGUGUUUGUUUACAUUUACAUUGUUUACAGACAUUGGAGUAAAACAAGUUUAUAUUUCCGUUUCUGAUGGGGUAUACCAGUUGAACUAAAAUCAUGAGGCAUAAGUUACAUUUUUCAGGAAUCAAUGGGUAUAUAUCAUUAAUUUAUAAGUCCAUUAUGGAUGUAGCAACUAAGGAUUCUAGCUUUAAAUAUAUGUACAGCACUAUGGUACUCAAGGUAAAAUAAUUAUGCUUAAUUGCUGCA